AGCGUGCCGGCGCCAUGCCGGAGCCAGCUGCACGGCGAGAAGGGCAUCUCCAUCCCCGACCACGGCUUCUGCCAACCCAUCUCCAUCCCGCUCUGCACCGACAUCGCCUACAACCAGACCAUCAUGCCCAACCUGCUGGGGCACACCAACCAGGAGGACGCGGGGUUGGAGGUCCACCAGUUCUACCCCUUGGUGAAGGUCCAGUGCUCGUUGGAGCUCAAGUUCUUCCUCUGCUCCAUGUACGCGCCGGUCUGCACGGUGCUGGAGCAGGCCAUCCCGCCGUGCCGCUCCAUCUGCGAGCGGGCGCGCCAGGGCUGCGAAGCCCUCAUGAAUAAAUUCGGUUUCCAAUGGCCGGAGCGAUUACGUUGCGAGAAUUUCCCCCGGCACGGCGCCGAGCAGAUCUGUGUGGGGCAGAACCAUUCGGAGGACGGCGGUUCGCCAGCGUUGCUCACCAGCGCCACGCCGUUGGCCGGCCAGGGCACCCCGGGUGCCCCUCGUUAUGCCACCCUUGACCACCCCUUCCACUGCCCGCGGGCGCUGAAGGUGCCCAGCUACCUCAACUACAAGUUCUUGGGCGAGAAGGACUGCGCGGCGCCUUGCGAGCCCUCCCGGCCCGACGGCCACAUGUUCUUCAACGAGGACGAGAUCCGUUUUGCCCGUAUCUGGAUCCUCAUCUGGUCCGUCUUGUGUUGUGCCUCCACGUUCUUCACCGUCACCACAUACCUGGUGGACAUGCAGCGUUUCCGCUACCCCGAGCGACCCAUCAUCUUCCUCUCGGGAUGCUACACCAUGGUGUCGGUGGCCUACAUCGCCGGCUUCGUGCUGGAGGAGAGGGUGGUCUGCAACGAGCGUUUCCAGGAGGACGGCUACCGCACCGUGGUACAGGGCACCAAGAAGGAAGGUUGCACCAUCCUCUUCAUGAUGCUCUACUUCUUCAGCAUGGCCAGCUCGAUCUGGUGGGUCAUCCUCUCCCUCACCUGGUUCCUGGCCGCCGGCAUGAAGUGGGGCCACGAGGCCAUCGAGGCCAACUCCCAGUACUUCCACUUGGCCGCCUGGGCCGUGCCGGCCGUCAAGACCAUCACCAUCCUGGCCAUGGGGCAGAUCGAUGGCGACCUGCUGAGCGGCGUCUGCUUCGUGGGCCUCAACAACAUCGACCCUCUCCGGGGCUUCGUGUUGGCCCCUCUCUUCGUCUACCUCUUCAUCGGCACCUCCUUCCUUCUGGCCGGCUUCGUCUCCCUCUUCCGCAUCCGCACCAUCAUGAAACACGGCGGGACCAAAACGGAGAAGCUGGAGCGGUUGAUGGUUCGCAUCGGGGUCUUCAGCGUCCUCUACACCGUCCCGGCCACCAUCGUCAUCGCUUGCUAUUUCUACGAGCAGGCUUUCCGCGAGCACUGGGAGCGCAGCUGGAUCAGCCAGAACUGCAAGAGCUUGGCCAUCCCCUGCCCGCUCCACUUCACCCCCCGCAUGACCCCCGAUUUCACCGUCUACAUGAUCAAGUAUCUCAUGACUCUCAUCGUGGGCAUCACCUCUGGCUUUUGGAUAUGGUCGGGUAAAACCCUGCACUCGUGGAGGAAGUUCUACACGCGGCUCACCAACAGCAAGCAGGGCGAGACGACGGUGUGA